AUGGCUGACGAUGAGGAGUACAGUAGGUGUUCAAGAAGUGCAGGAAAGUGGAGGUGUAAGGAGAGAGCCUCUAUUGGCAAAGCUUAUUGUGAAAAACACCAUCUUUAUACCGUGGAGAGGGGUUUGAAGAGAAGCAUGGAGAUGGAGGGUGAAAAUGGAGGUGGGGUUGAGGUGGGUUCUCAGAGAAAGAAGAGAAAGAGGGAGGGAAGUGAAGAUAAGUCAGGUAUUGUGGUGGUAGAUAAGGAACAAAAGGUUAGUGAUCAUGUGGGUUUUGGUGAUCAAGGCGUUCAUGACUGGUUUAGUGUAGGGAAUUCAGAUGUUUUGGGGUGGUUUGAUGAUGUAGGAGGGGGUAAUGUUGGUGAAAGUUUUCAACUUUGGCAAAAUGAAGCUACUGCAUGUGGGAAUAAUGGGCGUGGGCAGGGUCUUGGUGGUGAAGGGUUUCAUGGUAGCUUUGGUGGAGAAUGUAGCGGUAAUGAGGUCUUGGGUCUUGAUGGUAAGGUUUUUCAGGUUUGGGAUGGUGAAGGAAUUCAAUUGGAUGAGUCUUCUCUGGGUGCUAGUGAAAAUGGUGCUGUGGGUCUAGGUGAUCAAGGGGCUCCAGGCCUAUUUGGUCAAGUUAGUGCUGCUAAUGUUGGAAAUGUGGGCGUGGGUUCCAGUGGUGAAGGAAUACAAGGGGUAUUUGGUGAAGUCAAUGGGAAAAAUGGUGAUAUAACCCUCUCUGGUGAAAGCAUGGAGGGACUUUUUGGUGAAUGUAAAAAUGGAGGUAUGUUUGUUAGUGGUGAAGGGGUUCAGUGCUGGUGUGGUGAAGCUGGAUGUGCUAGUAUCGAUGGUAAGGGAAUUCAGGGCCUUUUUGGUGAAACUGCUUGUGGAAACGGUGGUGAAAGGAUUGAAAGUGGAUGUCAUGAGAAUGGAGGUGGAGAUGAUGAGAAAACGAAGAAGGAAAUUGCUGAUGUUGAAGCGGUUGGUAUUGAAGGUUCGAUUGAAUUUGGUGGCAAUAACAAGGUUGGAGGUGAGGUCUUUCCAGUGAGACGCAAGCAAGGCCGAGCAAAGGGUUCAGCACAGAAGAAGAAAGAUCCUCAAGGUGAAGUUAAUCAUGGCGUAGGUGGUGAUAAUAUGAUCAGCAACGGUAGGAUUGUAAAGGAGAUGUGCAGUGAGGCCACUGGCAUCAAUGGAGACGGAAAUGAGAAUAAGCAAAUCCUUGGUGAUGGAGAAUGUAUUGAGGGAUUAGUUGCAAGUGAGAUUGUGCGGCCAAAAGCAAAGCGUGGCCGACCAAAGGGUUCAGGGAAGAAGCAAAAAGAUGCUGCACGUGAAGAAAAACAGAGCUUGCCUGGUGAGGGAUCAGUUGCAAGUGAGAUUGUGCGGCCGAAAGGAAAGCGUGGCCGACCAAAGGGUUCAGGGAAGAAGCAAAAAGAUGCUGCACCUGAAGAAAAACAGAGCUUGCCUGGUGAGGGAUCAGUUGCAAGUGAGAUUUUGCGGCCGAAAGGAAAGCGUGGCCGACCAAAGGGUUCAGGGAAGAAGCAAAAAGAUGCUGCACCUGAAGAAAAACAGAGCUUGUCUGGUGAUUUUUUGGGCAAUAAUGAUGCUGGCAUUGAGUCUGUUACCCCUGCAGCAUUGAAGAGUGAGAGGACUACUCUUGCAGGUGCAGAGGACAGAGCAAUUCCUGGUGAAGGCACUGGUGCUAAUGGGAAAGCAAACAGCAGAUCAAAGGGUUCAAAAAAGCAGGAGGAAAACCUUGCAGACGACAAUCGAGAAAUGCCUGGUGAAACCAAGGGUACAACUGACAGUGGCAAUAGGAUGGAGAGUGAGACUGGUGGUACUGGGAUCAUCACACCAAAUAGGCGUGACAGACUCCAGGGUUCAAAGAAUAAUAAGCAGGAAAAUCAUGCCAGUGGUGAAGCCAAGGUUGGUGUUGAUGGUGGUGACUGGACUAGUAGUCCAGUGGUUUUGUGGGACUUGAGGAUUGCUCUUUUAGGUGAAGAAGAAGAUGGAGGUGGUCAUGAAUUGCCUAGUGGUAUUGUGGGUUAUAAUGGUAGUUGUGAUAACAAAGCCAGGCUGACAGGUUGUGCUAAUGACAUGAUUGCUUGUUUAGGGGAAACUGAUGGGGCAAUGGCUGAUGAGAAUUUUGGCAGUAGUAGUGGAUUGAAUGAUAAAAGAAAACCUAAGCAUAAGCGAGUGCAACUAGAGGACUCUGAAAAUAAGCAAAAAUAUCUUCCUGGUGAUAGUCAUCAAUUUCCUGGUGCUAUCAUGGGUACCAAUGAAGGGGCUGAUAAUUUAUUUAGGUUGACGGGUUUGGAGAAUGGGACAGGUGCUCCUUUUGAUGGAGAUGGAGCAUUGUGUAGUGACGCCACUAAUGGUGGUGGAGAGAGGAAUGCAACCAUAAAGGAAAUCACAAGGCCUAGGCUUGGCCGACCAAAGAGCUCCAAGAAAAAGCCAAAAUAUCCUGCUCGGGAUUGUCAGGAAUUGCCUAGUGACAUUGUAGCUAGAAAUGGAGAUGCUGACAACAUAAUCUGGCAGGUAGUUUUAGGGAAUAGGAUAGCGGCUCCUUUAUAUGAAGAAGAUAGGUUAUUGUCGAUUGGGAUCACUGGUCAUAGCAGAGAGGGGAAUGGAAUUAGAAAGCCUAGGCCACGUGGUCGACCAAAGGGGGGCUCAGUAAAGAAGAAAAAUCUUGCUGGUUGUCAGCAGGAAUUGCCUGCUGAAGUUAUGAAUGGCAAUGAUUGCAAGGACGCUGUUAGUCUGAUGGGUUCAGAGAAGAGGGUGAUUGCUCUUUUGGGUGAAGAAGGUCUGGUAUUGCCUGGUGAGGCCACUGGCCAUAGUGGAGGGGCGAAUGAUAACAUAAAGUCUAGGCGUGGCCGACCCAAGGGCACCCGGAACAAGAAGAAAAAUCUUGCAGGUGGUAAUCAGGAAUUGCUUGGUGAAGUUAUGCAUGGUAAUGAUGGCAAGGACGCCGUUAGUCUGGUAGGUUCAGAGAAUCGGGUGAUUGCUCUUUUGGGUGAAGAAGGUCUGGUAUUGCCUGGUGAGGCCACUGCCCAUAGUAGAGGGGCGAAUGUUAACAUAAAGAGGCGUGGCCGACCAAAGGGCUCACGGAACAAGAAGAAAAUUCUUGCAGGUGGUAAUCGGGAAUUGCACAUAAAGUCUGGGCGUGGCCGACCAAAGGGCUCGCGGAACAAGAAGAAAAAUCUUGCAGGUGGUAAUCGGGAAUUGCUUGGUGAAGUUAUGCAUGGUAAUGACGGCAAGGACGCUGUUAGUCUGAUAGGUUCAGAGAAUAGGGUGAUUGCGCUUUUGGGUGAAGAGGGUCUGUUCUUGCCUGGUGAGGCCACUGGCCAUAGUGGAGGGGCGAAUGAUAACAUAAAGUCUAGGCGUGGCCGACCCAAGGGCUCGCAGAACAAGAAGAAAAAUCAUGCAGGUGGUAAUCAGGAAUUGCUUGGUGAAGUUCUGCAUGGUAAUGAUGGUGAGAAUGCUGUUAGGUCGAUGGGUUUAGGGAAUGUGAUGACUACUCUUUUUGGAGAAAAAGAUAGAGCAUUGACUGGUGAGGCCACCGGCCAUAGUGAAGAUGGGGAAAUUCCAAAGCGUAAGCCAGUCCGUCCAAAGGGGUCAAAGAGCAAGAAAACUCUUGCAGGAGGUAAUCAGGGAUUGCCUGGUGAAACGAUGCACGGUAAUGAUGCUGGUGAGAAAACACCGAGGCCAACUAGUAUAAAGAAUGGGACGGUAGCUCCUUUAGGGGAGGAAGUUAAGUUGAUGUCUGGCGAGGUAAAUGGUGUUAGUGGAGAUGGAAAUGAAAUCAUGAAGACAAAUGUUAAGCAUAUAAAGAAGAAAAAUCUUGCAGGUGACGGAAGUGAGGAAAUCCUCUGCAAAAUCAAGAGUAAUAGUGACGGGGAGGAUAGUAUUAUUUGGCUAGAAGGUUCUGAGAGUGAAAGUCUUACUCUUAAAGGUGAGGAGGAUAAGAAUAUGCCUACUGAAGCUGCUGGUGGCAAUGAAGCUGGCAAUGCGAAUCCUCGGUCUAAGAUUAGGUGUGGUCGACCGAAAGCUUUAAAGAUGAAGAAGCUAAGUAUUACUUCUAAAGAAGAAGGGAGACAUAAUGUAGAAUUUAUGGGCAAAGACGAUGGUGAAAGUAAAAGGUCAAAAGAUAAGCAAGUCAGACAAAAAGUCUUAAAGAGGAAGAGAACUAUUCUGUUAGCUAAAUCUUUUGACAGUAUAUUAAAGCAGAAGUCUGGAAUGAAGAAGGAAAGGGGGGACAAUUUGGGAAAGGACAGGGAUACUCUGGUUGAUCUAAGAGGUCACUCGAGCGAUAUUAAGAAGAGGCCCAGGGGGAGGCCACGGAUGCAAAACCUAUCAGAGACUUUAACUUUAUUAGUGAGUUCUUCCAAAUUCAUGUUCCAUAAGCUUUUUGAAAUGGAUCUAUUAACUACUAAACAUUUAGCCACUAGGAAACUGCUUUAUGAAUCUGUUGCUUAG